GAAUGGGCGGUGGGUUGGGCUUUUAGAGUCAUGGUCUCUGUCCUCUCAGUGGUUCUGAGAGGUGAGGGCAAAUGACGUCAUGCCCGUUCCGCGGACUGGAAACUGAGGUUCCGAGAAGGGUAGCGGUUGUCGCCGGAUCCGUCAAUGAAUCAGAGCAAAAGCAGGACUAGACAUAGAUUCUUCUCUCCUGCUUGUCUCCCCUGGUGCCCAGCCUGGAUUCUUUUUCCUCGGGAGUUCUGAGCUCGGACUCAUUGUAUGGCCUACAACCAAUCGCUGCCUCUCUCUGGGCCUCAGUUUUCCCAUCUGUGAGCUGAAAGAUUUAAAUUCAGACUCUCUGAGACCUUCCUGGUCGUCUCCUUCAGCUACUCAGUCAGAGCUUAAUUUACUUGAUUUUUUGUUACAAGUUAGUUCAUCCAUUCAGUUUCCCAUCAAUUUAUUUAUCUGUGUAUCCACUUAUUUACUCAUGCCUUCUGAAAUGUCUAAUUGAACCCCUGCUUGCACAUGGUACUCCCGCCAUUUGGCUGUGGUUCAUGAGAGAGGUGAUUUAGUGCCAAAUUUCUGACACUAGGUGGGUGUGGUAUGGACCAUCAUAGACAAGCAGAAAGAAGGUUUUUAGUAUUUUGAGGAGGCAGUAGAGACCCGUUAUAAUAUUGUAAUUCCAAUCUGCAUUCUGAAUUCUUAUCUCUACACUUUCCUCCCAUUCUCUUUCCUCUUUAAACAGCUUACAAAGAGCUUUUAAAAUCCAUUAUUUUAUUUAAUUAUCAGAAUAACUAGAAGGGUGGUAUAAUUACUAUUUUCCCCAUUUUACAGGCAAGUAAACUGAGGCUCAGAGAGGUUAAAUGACUUGGCCAAGGUCAAACAGCUAAUAAGUGGUGGAGCCAGGACUCAAACCCAGGUCUGUCUGAUUCCCAGAGGGAAGGGCUGCUUCCCCUGCUACCCUCCACUAUACCCCAUUUCCAUAUCAAAUAACCAUCAAAAAGAAACAAAAAAACCCACAUCUGAGAGUUGGAUUCACCUGAUCCUUUCCCUCAGUCUAGGAGCCAUGUCCACUUUGUUCCCCUCACUCUUCCCGCGUGUGACGGAGACACUCUGGUUUAAUCUGGAUCGACCGUGUGUGGAGGAGACAGAACUGCAACAGCAGGAACAGCAGCAUCAGGCCUGGCUCCAGAGCAUCGCAGAAAAAGACAACAACCUGGUGCCUAUUGGCAAGCCGGCCUCAGAACACUAUGAUGAUGAGGAGGAGGAAGAUGAUGAAGAUGAUGAAGAUAGUGAGGAGGACUCAGAAGAUGAUGAGGACAUGCAGGACAUGGAUGAGAUGAACGACUACAACGAGUCACCUGAUGAUGGAGAGGUCAAUGAGGUAGAUAGGGGUGUGGAGGGAAGGCCUCUGCUCCUGGGCCCCUUCCCUUGACCUAAUUGGUGGUCAAAGGAUACAGAAAUCCUAGAUCCAGCUGGGGGCAGAGUGGAUGAGGCCCUUGGGCCUGGGUUGGCUGGGUGGCUGAGGCCCCUUCCCACCCACACCAGCCUCCUCCUCAGGUGGACAUGGAAGGCAACGAGCAGGAUCAGGACCAGUGGAUGAUCUAGGUAGACAGGGCAGGAAUGUCCUCAGGGAGAUCCCAGGCCAGCCCACCCCACCCUGCACCCCCUGCAGAACCAGCUGACAGUUCCUGAAACCUUAAUCUCGGAUACCUCUGCAGCUGCUUCCAGGACCUGGUCUCCUUGGCCUCUCCUAGGCCAUCAGGCUGCCAUUGAAUCCCCAGGGCCUGAGCCCACCUCACCGUCCUGGCCAGUACCUCUUCCCUUGGCUGCCAGGUCAGGUUUAUUUCCCACUCCCUUUAAUAAAGACACAGGACUGAUUGAUUAUUUUUCCCUUUGUCUAUUCUCUAUCUC